GCCAGCAGCGAUGGUGCAGCAGCAUGUGGCUCCUGGAGAGAGAGUAUGACAUCCGGGCGGAGGAGCGCGCCGUCAGGAACGAGCACCUGAGGGACCAGCACAACCGCACGGCGUGCCGCAGCCCCUCGCGAGAGGCCGAUGUCCUCUGGUUCAAGCAGGAGCAGAGGCACAAGCGUCAGCAGGAGUUUGCCAAGAGGAGGCCCAAUACCGACACCACCACCACAUCCACUACCACCACCACCACGAUAGUAGAGGGCAGAGCUGGUGCCUCAGGGUCCAGCAAGUUCAAAGUGACGGCUGUGAAGCGGCCCAUUGGCACCAGAUUAGGGCCGCCCGCACGUGGCAUGCUGACGUCAACCAGACGUCCACUGAUAACGCUGGACGGCAUGGGAAUCCCAAAAGAUGACGUCAAAUCUACCUCAAAGAGUUCCUGUAGUAUGCAGGUGAGGUCCGGUGGAAAGGCAGGUGAGUUGGCAGCCAAGCAGGCUCGCCUGAACCUCAUCUCCACAGUGAGGACGCAGGUCCACCACAAGAGAACCAUCACAACCAAAAAAGAAAGAGUAGUUCUUGGAGAGAAAAACCAACAAAAGACACAACAGACUCCUGACAUGCAGACAGAGCCUGGUGUUGUUGCAGUGAAAGAAGAAGAUGUUCUCCUUCUGACUGACUACCUACAGGAGGCUCUGGCCAGAGAGGCUGCCUUGAGGAUGAAGCUGACAUCCCUCCAGCGCAACACAGCAACACUGCUCCGCUCCACAGAAUUCCUGUGGAAGACGCGCUGCAGCGAGGACCUCCUGAGGAGUCAGAUCAAAGCCCUGGAGUCUCAAGUGCAAGUCUGCACCCAGGACCUUACCCAGGAUGGCGUGAAGGCGUUGGUGGAGAUGGAGAGGCAGAGGGGCGAGGAGGAGCAGAAGGUCCUGCUUGCUGCCCAGAGAGGGGCAGAGGACAGGGCUGAAGCAGAGGCCAAGAUCCAAGGCCUCCAGGAGGCACUGCAGGCGGCCACUGCGGAGUCGAGCGUGCGGCAGGGCGAGUGCGAGGCGCUGCAUGCGAGCUGUGCAGAGCUGCAGGGAGGCCUGGAAGCCCGCGCGGAGCAGCUGGAACAGCUGCGCUCACAGCUGGAGCGGUGUCAGGGCCGGGAGUGCGAGCUGGGCCAGCAGCUGGAGGAGGCUCGUCAGACCAACGAGGAGCUGCGCUACCGCCUGGCUCAGCUGGAGGGCCAGAAGCGGGCCGUCAGCGCGCAGCUACAGGAAGCCAGAGAUAUGCUCUCGAGAGCAGGGGCAGUAGUCCUGCGAGAGAGGCCGAGCAGCCCAGUGCAACAGCAGCAGCCGCCCAGCCUGCAGCCCAGUGUGCAGCCCAUCGAGCCCAGCGCUGAGGAGGGCCGCGUGGCAGGCCAGCUACAGGCCACACAGGAGAAGCUCAAGAUGAAGGAGGAAGAGUGUAUGGAGCUGCAGGCCCAGUUGGCGGCUCUGGAGCUGGAGUGCCGGUCCUACCAGUCGAGCGUGAUGCAGUGCAGAGAGGAGCUCCGACAGCUCAGGAACCAGCGCAGCAGACAGACCUCUUGGAAAUGGCGGCUGGCUUCCCUUCCCCUGCUCGUUCUGUUUGGUGCCGCCCUGCUGGUGGUGCUGUGCCUCUACUCCCCCAUCCUCGCUGACCACCUCCAGGACAUCCUGAUGUGUGUCCAUGAGCACGUGGAUGAGUACCUGAUGACCUUGGCCUCGCCACAGACCUCGGCCUGCUUCAGGCCCAUAUGACGCAUAGGACUCAUCACCAGACGCUCAUGGGACCAACAUGAGACUUAUCAGAGGAUCUAAUCGAAACAGAACUUUGCUAUUGAGUAUUAUUUUGUUGUGGUUAAAAGCAUUUCAAAGUUGCCAAAAAUGUGGUCUGUGUUUUGAUUGUUUUUUUGUUUGUUUUUUAAAGAGGUUUUUUUGUGAGAGAGAUUACAGUGGAGGAGAGACAGGAAGCGAAUGGGGAGAGAGAGAUGGGGAAGGAUUGCGAAUCACCCAGGCUGGAACUGAACCCAGGUUGCCGGUGUAGCAGUCCAGUUAGCCGUUAGAUCGAAGACUGGGGCAUGUUUUGAUUUGUUUGACUGGACUGUGUCACUAUGAAAAGGGAUCUGCUAAGGCUUUUCCAGAAACACACAAUGUAUAAAUAGACAAUAAUUUUAUAUACAUACAAAAAGGUGAUCAUGUUCAGUAGGUAGGUAUCUACAUAUUUUGUGAGAGCAGCGGAGUCUUUAAAUUAUUCAUUGUGUUUAUACUAUUAUGUGAAUAUAAUGAUCAUCCGUGUCUUUUUUUGCACUAAGUGUAUUCAGAUGAAGCAAUGACAGAGCCCUGAAUUCUCUAGCAAUACAGUAUUGCAGUCAUAUGUUCCCAUUGAAGCCCAUGGGAAAUUUAUUCAUGUCAUUGUGUGAGUACCACACAGUCAAAAUUGAGGUGGUGCUAUUAUUAAAAAAGGCGUGUUUUGUCAUUAAAGAAACAUA